CUCUUUUUCUUGUUUAUCUUUGAAUGACCCACGAGACGUGGCGAUACAAAGUUCAAAAUGAUAGAAACUUCGAAGAAAACUUGAUAAGAAACCUCCAGUUACGAAGUAGCCUUACUCAGAAAUGGAUUUGAAUUUUCCCACGUUAAAAAAUGAUCGCAUAUUGCGAGCUGCUGUUGGAGAAGAAACAGACAAGGUUCCAGUCUGGGUUAUGAGGCAAGCCGGCCGAUAUUUGCCAGAAUUUCGUGCCACCAGAGUGGAACAUGAUUUUUUCUCAUUGUGCCGAACACCAGAAAUUGCGUGUGAAGUAACACUUCAGCCUAUCAGAAGGUUUCCCCUGGAUGCAGCCAUCAUUUUCUCUGAUAUUCUAGUUGUGCCUCAGGCAUUGGGUAUGGAGGUUCUAAUGCAGGCUGGAGAAGGACCAGUUUUUACUUCACCUCUAAUAACACCAGAAGAUCUGAGGGUACUGGAAACCCCAGUAAAUGUUGAUGAAAAGUUAGGAUAUGUGUUUGAGGCCAUCAAUCUUACACGUCACAAGUUGGAGGGUAGAGUCCCAUUAAUUGGAUUUGCUGGUGCACCUUGGACCCUUAUGAGCUAUAUGAUUGAAGGAGGUGGAUCCAAAACAAUGGCUAAAUCGAAAGCGUGGCUGUACCGUUACCCAACUGAAUCUCACAAACUUUUGCAAAUUUUAACAGACGUUAUAGUUGAUUUUUUGAUUGGACAAGUUAAAGCCGGCGCACAAAUGCUGCAAGUUUUUGAAUCUCAUGCUGAAUAUUUGGGUCCCGAAAUUUUUGCUCAGUUUGCACUUCCAUACAUUAAACAAAUUCAAGAACGCGUGCGGGCAAAAGUUAACGUUCCCAUGUGCAUAUUUCCAAAGGGAGGACAUUUCUCUCUUGAACAAUUAAGUACCGCCGGCUAUGAUAUUAUUGGGCUCGAUUGGACGAUUAAGCCGGAUGAAGGACGACAAAAGGUUGGAUCUAAUAUAACCGUACAGGGAAACAUGGACCCCUGUGCUCUUUAUGGACCGAAGGAAAAUAUUCGAGCCAUUGCCAAAGAUAUGGUUAGCCGAUUUGGAAAACAUCGCUAUAUAGCUAAUCUAGGACAUGGUAUUUAUCCUGAUGUCGAUCCGGAGCAUCUCGCUGCAUUUAUUGAUGGAAUUCAUGACGCAUGAAAAUGAAUAUCAUUUUUAAGUUUCCGAAAGUGAAUCUCAUUCCGUUUCGUCUAAUAGUCGACCAUGUAAUUUGGGCUUUUUAUUUUUUAUUAUGUAGAAUGGCAAAAUUUCCCUAAUAAAAUUCUUUAACACUU